UCACCAUUUCGUCCCAGAAGACCUCCUCGAGCGAGAGAAAGGCCAGGUCACGGACCUAGCAGCAAAAGACUGCUCUUUUUUAUUUUUUUUAAGUUGAUUUUUUUUCAGCAUGUUGCUCGUGAACACCCUUUGCAUUGCAUUAUAAUGCGCAUAUGGAUGCUGAAAUGGAACCUGCCAAAUUUGCUCUCUGGACUGUACUUGCACAUGAUCUUUCUAGUGGGCAGUGUGUGUUUAGCUUGCAGUGAUAGGACUCCAGAGCAACUGGCUGCAAUUAUGAACUGUUCCAAACAUGAACGGCACACCAGAAAUUAUGACUAUAUGGAGGGAGGGGAUGUACGAAUCAGACAGCUUUUCAGCAGGACGCAGUGGUUUCUCACCAUCGACGAGUACGGCAAUAUCAACGGGACGCAAGAUCCAACAAACUGCUACAGUAUUCUCGAAAUCCGGACAGUCUCUGAAGGGGGUGUGCUGGCCAUUAAAGGGGUGAAAAGCCAGUAUUACAUAUCUAUGAACAGGACUGGCGUUCUGCAAGGGAAGAAGACCUACAACGAAAACUGCAACUUCAAGGAGGUUUUCCUAGAAAACUACUUCAACGCUUACUCCUCCGCAAAAUGGACUAAACAGAAUGGCAAAGAAAUGUUCAUUGCGCUGUCACAGAAAGGCCGGCCACUGAGGGGCAGAAAGACCCGGAAGGAGAACAUAUCAUCUCACUUCAUACCCAUGAAAUGCAAAGAAGAAGAGAGGCGCAUGGACUGAAGCCAUGGGGGUUGCCCGAAACAGUGAAUCGGGUACAUGGCCACGCCUCUUCCAGUUCCUACAACAGGCACAGUUGAUACACAGUUCAGUCACACUUAGUUCAAACACUGCCUGUUAACUGCUGACAAACAGGUACCCAAUCUGAUCAUUCGUUAUUAGCAAUAUUUUUGAUGGCUAGUAAACAGGUACAAAGCGACCCAAUGGCAUGAACCAUUA